GGUGGUGGAUACAUGGGAUACUAUCAAUAUCAUAAAUACAAGCAGCGUGAACUCGAACGCUGUGGAUUAGACCAGCUGGUGAAGGAGAACUUAGCUCCUGCAUGGCAGGUGCCGCGUCCGCCUCGACAUCCGGGCCGUGGGUGCUGGUGACAGUCGGAAGUGGAGGCGGGCUGCACUUCCGGUGCCGGCUCGCGCGCGGCUGACGUCACCGCCGGUCCACCCCCCCUUUGCCCCCGCCCUCCCGGGAAAUCCAGGCUCUUAUCCCUGGGUCAUGUGUCAAUCAAACCAGCAGCAACAGCAGCAGCCGGCGGCGCUGAAGGGAGGGAAAUGGUGAGAUGUCGUAAAUCUUUGCAUAAUACUGCCACUACAUGUUACAACCUGCACAGAGUUAAAAUUCAUGUCCGGAGAUCCCGUUGCACCGAUGCAAGCCAGGCAGAGCUCCGAGAAGCCGACGGCUCGGUGGUGUCUAAUGGUGCUGCUGGCUCUAGCAGGCGAGCACGCUUCAGGUUACAUUUUCCCCAGCUGGCUUUGCGACGCAGGCUAGGCCAGCUGAGCUGUAUGUCCAAGCCUGCACUCAAGCUCCGCACCUGGCCUCUGUCUUUUCUCUAUUUCUUCCUGCCAUUUAGUGUCCUUAAGCCUCUUACUAAAGUAGGAUGGCGACCAACAAGCAGGGUUGGCCUGUAUAAAACUAUUCCCACGCGGUUGCUAUCCCGUGCGUGGGGUAGACUGAAUCAGGUGGAACUUCCUACCUGGAUGCGGAAGCCUGUGUAUAAUUUGUACAUAUGGACGUUUGGGGUUAAUAUGAAGGAAGCAGCAGUGGAAGAUUUACAACAUUACAGAAAUCUCAGUGAAUUCUUCCGCAGAAAGCUAAAACCCCAGGCACGCCCUGUCAGUGACUCUCACUGUGUGAUUAGCCCUUCUGAUGGAAAGAUCUUGCAUUUUGGAAGAGUGAAGAAUUGUGAGGUAGAGCAAGUGAAGGGUGUGACUUACUCACUGGAGAAUUUCCUGGGCCCUCAGACCUGGUCAGAGAAUCUGGAGAUUAGCGACAAUAAAAGUGAGUCAAGUUUUCAGGACCAUCUGGUGACGAGGGAAGGCAAUGAUCUCUACCACUGUGUUAUUUAUUUGGCACCAGGAGACUAUCACUGUUUCCAUUCACCUGCUGAUUGGAGAGUUGCGCACAGGCGCCAUUUUCCAGGCUCCCUUAUGUCAGUUAAUCCUGGUGUAGCUCGUUGGAUUAAGGAGCUGUUCUGCCACAAUGAACGUGUGGUCCUGGCUGGAGAGUGGAUACACGGCUUCUUCUCACUCACUGCUGUCGGUGCCACAAACGUUGGAUCGAUUCGCAUUUAUUUUGACAGUGACCUGCAUACCAACAGUCCCCGCUACAUGAAGGGCUCUUACAAUGACUUCAGUUUUGCCGCAAACAACAACAAAGGGAUUAACAUGAGGAAGGGCGAGCACCUCGGAGAGUUUAACCUGGGCUCCACCAUCGUUCUCAUCUUCGAGGCACCAAAAGACUUUACCUUUAACCUUAAACCUGGACAGAAGAUCAGGUUUGGUGAGGCCCUGGGCUCCAUAUAAUACAAUUCCCAUCGAUGACAUCUCAAAUUGGAUUGGAGCACUGAGGAGUGAGGUUGGACUAAAGAAUGGUGAAAAAUGGCCAUAACUGAAAUGCGGUUUUAAUUCUCGCUCCUCCUCCUCUCAUCAUUACUGCAGAAGCAUCUCUCAUUGCCUCCAUCUGAGGGACCAGCUCUACCAUAAUGGAUUCUCCUGAAAGGUGUACCGACCCAACUCAAUAGAACUUUCAGAGCGUAUGCAGUGCCGUAAUCUCUCCGUGCAAGGGGAGAACCUGGCAGGUGACCAGGAUUAAUGGGACUUUGAAAGAUGGGCUGAGUUUGAGGGCCCUGGUCUCUUUGGCAGUGGCAGGGGAUUCCGAUCAACUUGUGCAGGAACUGGGGAUGCUCGAGUAUUUGCUGAAUAACUCCAUGCAGCUGAACCAGUGGGUCAUUCUAACUUGUAGUUAUUGCAGUAUUUUUAUAUACUAAAAAAAAUCAAUGCAGUUUCUCAUCAAAUUACAUCUCAGAGAAAAUAAAUUUAAUGACUAUACCAAAA